AUGGAUCAUAGCAUAGUUGACACUGCAAUGACUUCAAGAAAACGUAAAAGAGAAGAGUAUAAAAAGAUAAUCUUAUUAGCUGCUGCUUGUGUUGUUCAUAUGAGAUGUAUUGGAGCACUUGAUGGGACUCAUAUUCCGGUUACAGUUUCUCCUGAUGAGAGACCUAGAUAUCGUAAUAGAAAGGGUGAUGUCUCUACAAAUGUGUUAGCUGCUUGUGGUCCAGAUUUAAGGUUUAUUUAUGUGUUACCUGGGUGGGAAGGGUCUGCAGGAGAUUCUCGAGUAUUACGAGAUGCAUUACGUCGUCAAAACAAACUUGAAAUUCCAACUGGUAAGUAUUUUCUUGUGGAUGCGGGAUAUACCAAUGGUCUGGGAUUUUUAGCACCAUAUCGAGGGACUAGAUAUCAUCUCAAUGAGUGGAUUGGAAACACCCCUCAAAGUUAUAAGGAGUUAUUUAAUCUUCGUCAUGCAAGUGCCCGAAAUGCAAUAGAAAGGUCAUUUGGGAUCUUGAAAAAAAGAUGGAGUAUAUUAAGAACUCCUUCAUUUUUUGAUAUAAGGACACAAAUAAGAAUUAUCAAUGCUUGUUUUGUGUUACACAAUUUCAUAAGAGACGAACAACAAACUGAUCAACUUUUAGAAGUUCAAGACUUAGAAUUUUUAUCUGUUGUUGAUGAAGAGUUAGUCCAUCAAUCAAGGGAAGAAGUUCAAAAUAAUGUCAUAGAUGAUAUCACAACUAUUCAAGCUACCGAGGAAUGGACAAGAUUUCGAGAUACAUUAGCUAUGAAUAUGUUUGCUAACUAUCAAGUUAGGAGAAACUUUGCUUAGGGAUAGUUCUUUUUUAAAUGUAAUUUGCUAUUGCUGACAAACUUUGUGUGCUUUGUUACUAUUGUACUUUUCUAUUGAAGAUAGACUUUUAUGUACUUUGCUAUUGCAUAAAAACUUUGCUUGAAAUAUUUUCUAU